CUUGUAUCCAGGUACAUAUUUGAAUGGAGAAUUAUAAUACUUUUGAUGAAAGCGAGGUGCACCUCUUUCGACACAUAUUUUUAAUCAACGUACGAACUUGGUACAGAACUAUAUGCAGCAGUUAGGACGCACUUGUUGCGUAGAUCCGUAGACUCAUAUUGGUACAUAUAGGUUGUGCUUGCAUGAACUGACUGUUUACUUCUAGCUAGUACACAUAAGCCGAUCACACUUGUUAUUGGACAUCAUUUGGAUGUAAUAGGCGUAGAAUGUGCUCGUGUUUGUAAUAAGCCAGAAAUUCGACAUAAAUUUUGUACAAAUGGCUGAGAAGACCGAGGAAGAGAAAGCUCCAAGCUCUUCAAAGAACCUGACAUGUCCACUAUGUCUUGAUUUCUUUGACGAGGCAACCAUCUUGACUUCAUGCGGACACACCUUCUGUCGGAAAUGUCUCAAGAACUAUGACCUUUCCCAACAGGAUCUCGAUCAUAUGAUCUGUCCUCACUGCAGGAAGAUCACCAAGUUGUCUGCGAACCGUGUCGAUGAUUUCCUUACCAAUGUGACUGUCAACGGAUUUGUAGACAAUUACCACGCCAAGUGUGGAGGGAUGAACGCUGUCCUUGAGAUGCGUCCAAAAUGCACGGCUUGCAUGUUUCAGCUAGAUGCUGUCUCAUUCUGCUGUACAUGUAAUAACUACAUUUGUGAUAAGUGUCUGGAUUGUCAUCAAAAUCUUAGAGCCUAUAAAGGUCACGAUAUUGUAUCUAUACAGGAUAUCAACAACGGGAAGGUCAGCAUUAGUCAUGUAUCCGAGAAGUGCUGCAUCCACAAACAAGAGAACAAAGAUAUGUUUUGUGAGGAUUGUAAUGUCCAUGUCUGUUUCAAGUGCGUGAUCGUCGGUCAUAAAAAUCACAACAUCGAGAAUCAGGCUGACUUCGAGCAGGAGUUACGACUUAAGGUGAACGACCUUGUCCAGCGAUGUGCCGCUAAGAAGAAAGAACUGGAGAAGAACAUUCAGAAUGUUGAAGUACAACGCCAUGAAGUAUACACUGCCGUGCAGAAACUACUGGACGAUGUCAGUCAAGCCUACAGCAUCAAGGCCAAAAAGCUUGAAGAAAAUCAUGGAAAUCUCAUCGAGCAAAUCAAUGCAGUAAAGCGGGGUUUCGAUGAUAACUUCAACGUCUUGAAAUCCAAGGAUCGACAGAGGAUCAAGAGUAUUUGUAGGUUAAAAACACUGGUAUCUAACGACAGACUGGGUCGUCUCGAGACAGACAGUCUGUCUGCUCAUAUCUUGCUCUGUGAGGAGAUGGAUGCCUUACUGAAGGAGGCUACUGAUCACACUUCUACGGCAGCCAUUACGAAGAAAGCACAGGAGAAGAGGUUCAAGCCUGCAGAUGAUAGUCGUCUUGACCUCGGGAGCAUCUCGGAAUCAGAUCCCAAGUUGCAAGUCAUUCAGUGUGUAGGUCUACGAGGACGGAUGCAUGGAAUGACCCAGUACUCUGAUGACAGUGUGGCUAUCGGAUAUUGGGAUACACAUGGUAUAGAUAUCAUUGAUUCAGCUGGUAAACAGGAGCAGUAUGCAAACAUACCAAGUAACAUGAAGUGUUAUGAUCUUGUUUUUCAACAAGACAGGUCGUUAUGCAUACCGGCGGAUAAGAAUAGAGCACACAUAUAUUCUCCGAAUGGAUACAGGAAAUCAACCAUCUACGUGAAAGGCAAUGAUUUUCCCCUCAGACUAAACAGAAGUCCAUCAGAUGAAAUCCUCAUUGCUAACAUUGAAAAGCAAGUCUACAUCUAUGACCCGACUGGAUCUACUCUCAAACACACUGUUCCAACAGAACACGGGACGCUCCAGGUAUCUGCUACCAGGUCGGGUUUGAUUGUCAUGAGUUCAUGUGACAUCAAUCAAAGCGUGGUGACGGUCUAUGACAGGGAUGGGAAUGCCGGUAAGCCUCUAAAAGCUCCAGACCGCGAUAUCGACCUGUUUGCUGCCGUGGAUGAGCAGGACAGGGUGUAUGUAGCGAGUGUUGACCAAUCGAAAGGUAACGUGGUGAUCAGGCUCUAUGACCUUGAUAGUCUGAACCUGAAGGAAAGAGUUGAGUUCAAUGUACUCAACCUGACGCUUGGAAAUGUUUGGUGUUACUUGGUUUCCCUCUUUCCAGACAUGCUCGCGUUUGCUUGUGACAAGAAGUUGUAUUUUAUCAAAUUAUCACUGUAAUCCAUUUCACUCUAUAUUACCAUUCUUGGUACUGUGUAUACCUUUCUGCUCUACAUUAUACUCUAAUAUGGGCCGAUAUGUUUAAUAUUAAAUUGUUUAUUAUGUAAUAACUUAACGAAUGAGAAGAUGUCCAUUCUCUCGAUAGAUUUUAGUUGCAUGUAUACAGUUGUCAUUACCCAAUAUAAUGAUAACGUCCCCCUAUUGAAAUAGUUUGUAAAUACAUAAAACAUACAUACACCAUGUACGUCUUUGUUGUGUAAUUGUUUUCUUCGAUAUCUAAACAAAAUUAUUGGUACUGCAAAGUCAAAGAAUAGCAACGAAUACAGACACACUAUCAAAAUAGUUUCGUCUUGAUUCAUCGUUUUGCGAUUUAUUCUUGAGUGCAAGAUAAAAACCUUUAAUAUAUCAGUAUUUUGUUUCUAUAUUCUUUGAUUGAUAUUUUAUAUUCGUUUGUGUGAGUGAGAAAGCACGUACUGACUAAAUAUUGUACUAUAGAGCAAAACAAAAGUUUUUUUUAAAGUGUCUGAUAACAAUUUUCCCUAAUCAC